CUCUCCGAGGCUUUCGUCACCCCCUCGCCGCCCCUUCCGCAGGUCUCUCACAUUUUAUCGCGAGAGGACUUUAGCCAAUGGAAAGGGAGAGUGGACAGAACCUUCGCCGCCCUUAACGACUGCUGCGAGACUGAAAGCUGCGUGAACCCGAUCGGUAUUCUUGAUCUGCAGCGUCUUCUCUUCGUUGGCACCACCAAUAGGCCAGCACCAAGACCGUUUAGAAAAAUGGAAGGUAACGGAUCCAUCGACAUGUUCUCAGAAGUCCUAGAAAACCAGUUCCUCCAGGCUGCUAAGCUCGUGGAAAGUCACUUGGACUCAGAACUUCAGAAGCUGGACCAGAUCGGUGAAGAUGAGCUGGAACUUCUCAAAGAAAAGAGACUGGCAGCACUCAGGAAGGCCCAGCAGCAGAAACAAGAAUGGCUUUCUAAAGGACAUGGGGAGUACAGAGAAGUUGCCAGCGAGAGAGACUUUUUUCAAGAAGUCAAGGAGAGUGAAAAAGUGGUUUGCCAUUUCUACAGAGACACCACAUUCAGGUGUAAAAUACUAGACAGACAUUUGGCAACGCUGGCCAAAAAACAUCUUGAAACCAAGUUUUUGAAGCUGAAUGUGGAAAAGGCGCCAUUCCUCUGUGAGAGACUGCGGAUCAAAGUCAUCCCCACACUGGCUCUCCUGAGAGACGGCAAGACACAAGAUUAUGUUGUCGGAUUCACCGACCUAGGAAACACAGAUGACUUCACCACGGAAACUUUAGAGUGGAGACUUGGUUGUUCUGACGUUAUCAAUUACAGUGGAAAUUUAAUGGAGCCACCAUUUCAGAGCCAAAAGAAAUUUGGGACAAACUUCACAAAGCUGGAAAAGAAAACUAUCCGAGGAAAGAAAUAUGAUUCUGAUUCUGAUGAUGACUAGACUGUGCUGUAUUUGUAAAGCAUCUGUUUGUUUACGUCAGAGUUAAGUGUCUUUCUGAAGUCCUUGAUUUCGGCCCAUUGACCAUCUGGUCCUCGUAUCCCAGAGUUUACACUGCUUCACCACAUGGAAGGACACCAUUACUAUUUGUCUGUGGCCAUCGUGUGUACCUUGAGAGAAACAGAUAUCUUAAAUUACCUGGAAAGGUUCUGGAUUCUCUAUUUUUGUGAUUGUUUUUAUCAUAACAUAAUUCUUCUAUCUUUAUACCACUCACACUUGUGUUUUUAAUCUACAAAUUAGCAAUAGAAAUUCAGCAACUCUUCCAGGACUUGAUGAGUGCUGUCUAUACAAAUGGUGUGGGAGCAUUUCCUGGUGUCCCACAUACACCUGUCAGUGAGUCCUCACUUCAUGGAAUGUGUUUCAGGAACUAUUAAAGACUUGUCGGUGUA